AUGACAAAUCUCACUCGCGGUGUUUUAGUUUUAACGUUAUUUUUCGGGUUCCUAAACAUUUUCUUGGCGUUAGGACAUGAAGAGAAUAGUGAGCAUAAAUACACGGUAUAUCAUAAAUUUCCACAUCACACCGAAUACUCAAAACGAGGAGAAAUUUUAUUAACAACUUCUCGUGCAACUGCAAAAUAUAUUGGCAAUGAGCCUGAAUUAUCGAUCGAGGAUCUUGAUCAUGAUUAUAAUUCAAGGAAAAGCAAAUUAUAUCUUGUAAAAAUAGUUGAUAAUGAGAACCCAAACCAUGUUACAAAAUCUUUCACCUAUUUGUGUUUGUUAAAAUCUUCAAAUCUUGAGGAUGAGAUUAUAAUUCAUUUGGAUAAGAAUAACAGAAUAUUUCAAUUUGAUUAUUACACAAGUAGCGAUCAAUGCAAUAAAACCAUUGUUCCGCAAUCUAGAGAAUUCAAAACAACUGUUCAAACCAUCAAGGCGAUAGAUGGUGUUGUGUGGUAUUUCAUACCAAUUGCUAUAUUAUUACUAACCGGAGGUGCAGCUGAAGAACCUCAACAAGGAGGACAACAACAACAGCAACGAGGUGGACAAGCUGCUCGACCUGCACGUCAAUAA